AUGAGCCGAUCAAGGCAUGUGGGCAAGAUCCGGAAGCGUCUAGAAGAUGUCAAGAACCAGUGGGUCCGGCCAGCCAGGGCUGACUUCAGUGACAAUGAGAGUGCUCGGCUGGCCACAGACGCACUCCUGGACGGGGGUCCCGAGGCCUACGGGCGGGCACUCAGCCAGGAAGGGGAAAUAGACUUCCUGUCCUCCGUGGAGGCCCAGUACAUCCAAGCCCAGGCCAAGGAGCCCCCCAGGGCCCCAGAUCCUACAGGAGGAGCUGAGGCAGGCCCCAGGGGCCUGGACACCUGCUCCCUGCAGUCCGGUACCUACUUCCCUGCGGCCUCCGAGGGCAGCCAGCCAGCCCUGCUGCACAGCUGGGCCUCAGCCCAGAAGCCCUACAAGAAGGAAAAGUCCAGCGCUACUGUGUACUUCCAGACAGACAAACACAACAACAUCAGAGACCUGAUCCGCCGCUGCAUCGCUCGGAGCAGCCAGGUCCUGGCCAUCCUGAUGGAUGUGUUCACGGAUGUGGAGAUCUUCUGUGACAUUCUAGAGGCUUCCAACAAGCGCGGGGUAUUCGUCUGUGUGCUGCUGGAUCAGGCAGGUGUGCAGCUCUUCCAGGAGAUGUGUGACAAAGUGCAGAUCUCUGACAGACACCUCAAGAAUAUUUCUAUCCGGAGUGUGGAAGGGGAGGUGUACUGUGCCAAAUCAGGCAGGAAAUUCUCAGGCCAAAUUCAGGAGAAGUUCAUCAUUUCAGACUGGAGAUACGUUCUGUCUGGAUCAUACAGCUUCUCCUGGCUCUGUGGACACGUGCACCGGAACAUCCUCUCCAAGUUCACGGGCCAGGCGGUGGAGCUGUUUGACGAGGAGUUCUGUCACCUCUACGCCUCCUCCAAACCCCUGAUGGGCCUGAAGUCCCCCCGGCUAGUGGCACCCCUCCAGCCCAGCACCCCCAACGGCCGCCUCAGCGGCAGCAGCUGCUCUGCCAGUGAGCACACAUCCUCCAAUCCCUUGAGCAACUCCUCCACAGGCAGCAACCCCCACAACCAGAGUCUGUCCACGUCCUCAGGGCCGGGAAGCCCCCAGACCCCAAACCCCCCAGCAGCCCCCAGGUUUCAGCCCUACCACAGCCCCUGGAGAGCUCCGGCCACCCAGGCCCCCUUCUCCCCCAGCCCGCCCGCCAUCUACAGCAACCUCAAGGCCUACAGGCCCACCCGGCUGCAGCUGGAGCAGUUUGGCCUGGUGCCCAGGGCGACCCACACCUGGAGGCCUUUUCUACAGGUCUCCCCUCAUUUCUGA